UUGGUUCCAACCGGGAGUUUCAACUUCCAUAUAAGCUCCUCUCAUGUCCCUCUUUCAGCUCAAAUUUAGUGGUUACCAUUCAAAGGCAUAAUACACAGUUCCCACAAAAGAAAGAAGGUUUAGAAGAGUAGUGGCAAAUGGCAACCAACAAAACAGAAGAGCAGCAGCAGCAAUCUCAGGCUGGUAGGCACCAAGAAGUUGGCCAUAAGAGCCUUUUACAAAGCGAUGCUCUUUACCAGUAUAUCCUGGAGACAAGUGUAUAUCCCAGGGAGCCUGAACCCAUGAAAGAGCUCAGAGAGAUAACAGCCAAGCAUCCAUGGAACCUUAUGACAACAUCAGCUGAUGAAGGCCAAUUCUUGAACAUGCUUCUUAAGUUGAUCAAUGCCAAGAACACCAUGGAGAUUGGUGUUUACACUGGCUACUCUCUUUUAGCCACGGCCCUUGCUCUCCCCGAUGAUGGGAAGAUCUUCGCCAUGGAUAUUAACAGAGAAAACUACGAGUUGGGUCUACCUGUAAUCCAAAAAGCUGGUGUUGCUCACAAAAUUGAUUUCAAAGAAGGGCCUGCAAUGCCAGUUCUUGAUGAACUUGUCCAAGAUGAAAAGAAUCACGGAUCCUUUGACUUCAUAUUCGUGGACGCUGAUAAGGACAACUACUUAAACUACCAUAAGAGGUUGAUUGAGUUGGUGAAAGUGGGAGGUUUAAUCGGCUACGACAACACCCUAUGGAACGGCUCGGUGGUGGCGCCGCCUGAUGCUCCGCUCAGGAAGUACGUCAGGUAUUAUAGAGACUUUGUUUUGGAACUCAACAAGGCUCUUGCUGUUGACCCUAGGAUUGAGAUCUGCAUGCUCCCUGUUGGUGAUGGAAUCACCCUUUGCCGUCGCCUCAAAUGAACCACCGUUACCGCCGCCGUCCAAGUUUGAGCGUCUUCAAAUUUGCAACUCCACUCUAUUUCAUUCCUUUCUUUUUAAUUUCAAAUCUUACAAUUGUGUAUUUUUCUUUUAUCAUAAUGGUGAAUGAUUAUCGAAGAAUAUGGGUGACGAAA